CGAUUCUACUGCUCCGCGCUCUCAGUAGAGUGUGAUCUACUGCGUUUUCUGUGCACAUUUAGUUCGUUACAAUGGGAGACAUAUCCGAGCCAAUAAAAAAAUGCAUACUCAUUUUAAAGACGGCAAAAAGUGACACUGAAAAAUUUGCUGCUUUAUUUAUGGUUACAAAAUUAGUGAAGAGCAAAGAUUGUAAUGCUGCUGCAAAGAAGGCUUUAUUUGAAGCAAUCGGAUUCAAAUUUUUAAAGAAACUCUUAACUGAAAAUAAUACCCAAGAUGAUUGCCCCCCAUCAGUUUACAAAUCCGUCGCUUUAUCAAUCCUUACGAACUUCUGUAAUGAACCGGAACUCUCCACGCACCCUGAAAUGCUCGCCAACAUACCCGUGUUCCUAGACAUUGUGCAGACAUCAGACAAUGAAGAUUAUGAUGAUAACCUAAUUAUUAUUAGUGAAGCUUAUACUUGCCUACAGUGCAUCGCAGAACAUGAAGCAGGUCAAAAAGCCCUAAUAGAGGUUGGUGCUAUAGCAAAAAUGUCUGAGAUUUACUCUCACCAAAGUUUUCAAACCGAUGAAGCACUCAAUAUUCUUGUUAAGUUGGUCAGCCGCUACGGACCCGAUGCUUGGGGUAAUGAUCCUAAGCCUUUCCAUGCUUUGGUAAACAAAAUAGCAUUAGAUUUUGCAACAGAUCAAUCUGAAAGAAAAUUUGAGCUAGCUACAAUAUUAAGUGCAUUAUUAUACAGCUGUAAUAAGGCUACCGUCAUACCUGGAUCAUCUGAUGAAACUUGGCCGCAGAGCAUUUAUAAAGCACUUUAUGAUAUAUUAACUAGUAAAAUAGGUAAAAACCAAAGAGACCCUGCAUUGAAACUUGCAGCGAACAUAAUUGAUCUUCUCGGAGUUGAGUGGACAUUUAAUGACGAAGAAAAUCCCAAAAAGUUCUUCCUAUUGCUGCUUCAGCUAUGUGCAAUUGAGGUAAGAAUGCAGCUUGAAGAUAGGAGUUUUAAACAAGCUUUUGCUAAUGCUGAACUUGUCACAGCUUGUUUCAUUGUUCUUGAGCUAUCAAUUAACUACAUGGGAACUGACCAACUAGACUUAGAACAAAAAGAAAAACAGUCAGUUUACACUAGUCUUAAAGGUGCCUUCAAUGCUGUUGUUUCCAUAUUAAUAAAAGUAUCUAAUGACAAAAACAAAGAUAAGCUUCCUGAUCCAGAAAAAGUGUUUAUAUGUGCUAUGGUAAGAGUUUUAGUAGCCUGGAUUGCUCAAGAAACUACAGCAAUGAGAGAACAAAUCUAUGCCUUACUUCCAUUCAUGUUUACACUUGCAAAUGAUUCUUUCCACGCAUACAGAGCUCGGAAAUUAGCAGAAAAAACUAAACCUGUUGGAGAGUCAGCGAGUAUAGAAAUAUCUUUAAUGGGUCAAAUUGAUUUGUUACGCUUGAUGUUACCAGCUCUUUGUCAUCUUGUUGUGGAAGAUAAAGCCAGGGAUAUUGUUCUGAAUCUCAAACAAGAAGACAUUCUUUAUGAAGCGAUGAACUUCCACUGGUCCAUUGUUCAUUAUAAAAAACCACUCAUUCCAAAGUCUGAAAGAGGAAAAGUAAAAACUCAGCCUGAACCAGAAUUAGAUCCCCAAGUAUUAGAAGACAUGAAAGAUUCAAGGGCUGCAAUGGUCAGUCUUUGCAAUAUAUUUAUGAAUCUUACAGUGUUGGCACCAAAAAUUGUAGAAAAUAGCAUGUUAUUCAAUACUUUGCUCAAAUUCAUAUUUAACAACUUACCAGAGCUUAAAAAUAUUCCUGAAAAUCUUGUACUACAUGGUCACCUUGCUGUAUUAGGGCUGCUUCUUCUUAAACAGCAAGCAAGCAAAGUAAAGAAAAAUGAUUUUUCUAUAUGCCGGUAUAUUCAAUCUACUAUCAGAUUCCUCUGGGAUGCAUACAAUGUUGAUGAAUCAAACGAUCCCAAUGCCCUUGUUGUAUCAAUGACUUAUAAGGAAAAUUGGAAUGAAAUAGCAGAUUUGUGGUUCUUAGGUAUGCAAACUUUAAGUGGAGUUUUGACAAUUAUACCUUGGAUCUCAGAAUUUGCUAUCGAAAGUGGAUGGGCAGAAGGAAUAGCUCAAAUGCUUGUUAAGGUCAAAGUUGGCACAUUAGCCCCAAAUGUUAAGUCUGCAUUUGAAGAUUUCCUAUGUAGACUAGUCGACUCAAAUGAAAAUGCUAUUCCUGUGCUGAAAAAAGGUGGUGCCUUAAAAAUGUGCAGAAACCACAGAUUAAUGGAUUUAGGAAAGAAACUGUUUGGAGAUUAAAGUAUUUCAAACUAAAAUGACUUGUGUUUUCUACUAAAUUACUUUUUUACUGAAUUUUACUUGUUUCUUUUUUAUUAUUAAACUAUUUACAUUCUUAUUACUCUGUAAAUAUAACUGAUACAAAAUAAAA